AUGUGGACUAAAACAUUAGACCAUGUGAGCACAUCUCAGGAGACUUCACAGCAUAUGAAAAUGAGCUGUGCUUGAGGGUCAUUAACCAUGCGCCUCUCCAACAUGACAGACUCUCAGCCAGGAGUCUCUCUCUCAGUGGGCUUCACUAGUCCUGAGGAUUAUUUCGUCUUCAUUUUCCAGAUAUUAUUUGCAACAACUACAGUUCUGGUAGCCGGAACAGUUGUCAUUGGCAUCUCGGCCACUAAAGCGCUGCGCACUCAGAACCGGUUUAUUUUCAUGCUCAACACUAGUAUUUGUGACACAUUGGUUGGCUUUUCAGUGUAUUAUCUUGGUCUGUUUGAUGUUCAGGAGGGAUAUCCGUCCAGAAACGGAACAUACAAUGUGUUACCGUCACUUCUAGGAGUUAACAUAUUGACGUUUUUAUUUGCACAGUUUGAUCGGUAUUUUGCAGUGUGCCAUCCAUUUAUAUACAGCCGCUUCAUAACAAGACAGCUGGUCAUCAGCAUCAACAUCUACUGCUGGGUUUACAACAUGGCUCACCUGCUUGCCAGGAAUUUGUUACCAGUUUCCAAAUCUAUAGAGUUAUUCGUAUUCAGUAUAAUCUUCCUUCAACUCGUCGUGUUCACCAAAAUAGUCAUGACUAUCAAAUUAUAUGUUGUUGCGAGGUACCAGCUUGACAGAGAUCCCCCCAGCGCAGACAAAGAGAGCAAGAAAGAAUCAUUGAAAAUAAUCAUCUUUGUUGUCGUUAGCUUUUUGGUGUUGUGGUGUCCGUCUUUUGUGAAUAUUAUCAUCAGAUUUUUAGGAGCAGGAGGGGUAAUAUUUAAAAACGAGGCCACAAAUUUGUUUGCUAUCUUGGCUCGUUUCAAUGCAGUGUGUACUCCGUGUGUGUACAUCUGGGGAAGUCCGGCUCUGAGGGAAGCCAUGCUGAAGACCGUGUGGGGCCGUGUGUGUCCAAGAUGCAAGAGGAGAGUCGGUUCCUGUCGGAAAGCAGAUCCCAGUAAAGUCGUGAGAUAAAGAUGACUACCA